AUUGCUAUUUAUGCCGCCAUGAUGGUCUUGAAUAAUUGAUGUCAACGAUCAUCAUCAAUUUUCACCUGUGCAUCUGCACGCAAGAAGGAUACUUGAGAUCUCACCAGCCUCGCAGUAUUAGAAGGACAACACGAAUUGUCUGUACAGUACAGUACUCAGUCGAUCUACUAUGAGUGAUCGUGGUAGUGAUGAAGAAAGAGAUGAUGAAAAAGAAGAAGAGGAAAGUACAGGCCAGAAAUAUGAGACGGUUAUCUCUGCUUUGCCUCCAAGGGUUGUUCAGCAGGAGGAAAGUCAGGUGGAGGUAUCAGCAAGCCCUGCCUUCCAGUGUCUUGAUGAGCUGUUUCAUGAAGGCAAACUUACAGGAACAAAAGUUGCGCUUUUGAAAGCAAAGUAUACUGAUCUUCAUGAAACUCUUAAAAAGACUCGGGAGAGUGAGGCUUCCCUACUGAAUACUGCCAAAGAUCACACCGUUGAAUUGGAAAGACAGAGGUCUGAACUUGAAAAGGGAGAUAACUUUCCGGACAGUUCCAACACAGAGGUCACCAAAAUGAGACAGCAGCUAAUGAAACACAACAAUGAAUAUGCCCAGAUCAAGGAACGAGAAUACCAACAGCAGUAUGAGCUGGAGACGUUGUCAGAAGAGAAGAAAAUAAUGGAGAGAGAAUAUUCAAGAAUGCCAAAACAAGGGGAGAUUGAAAAGAAACUGAAGGAAAUACAGGCUGCUAGCGAGGAUAUGAAGAAAGAGAUUGUGCAACGUCAAAUGGAGAAUAAGACACUCCGUGAGGACAUGGACACGACCCAUCGGCAGUGUGUUACUGAACAAAAAGAAUACGACCAGCUCAAGUCAGAGAUGGAAAAUCUCAAGGGUGACCUUGUACAAAUCAACACACUUCCAAACCAGAUAGCCAAAGAGGCUGACAAGUUGCACAGACAAAAGAUCGAGGUGGAAAAAAAAUUAACAAAACUAGAUGAGGAAUACCAAGAGAUUCUUGAAGAAUCUAAAGGUAUGGAGGCCAAGAAGAAUGCAUUACAGACAGAAAAGUUUGAUACCGAGUCAGAACUUGCUAAAACAAGGGCCAUGCUUGACCAAAAAGAGCGAGAAUACAACAUGCUUAUCAAGGAUUUUGAGUUUGCCAAGGACAGAGAAGCUGUACUCAUGGGAGACAGGUCAACGCUUGACAUGAGUUUGAGACACAUACACUUGGAAAAGAAAAACACACACGAUGUUCAUUCAAGAAAGAGUCGAGAAAAGGAUAGGGACCUGAGAAAUUUAAAGAAGGCUGAACUUCAGUUUAAAGUUGCUGAAGAAAGCCUGGCACACACAAAGUCAGUUAACGAAAAAGUCAAAGGUCAAAUUGAUUCCCUGCCAAAAGAUGAUGGUACUCUACAGAAGAAGAGGGAGGAACUAGCUAAGGAAGUAGAACAUACAAAACGUUCUCUGGCUCAACAGAACAAUCUGACAGCAGUGGAACACGUGAAGCUAGAAGCGAGUGCAGCUGAAGAACAGAAUCUGUUAUAUGAUCAGAGUGACCUGAGGAUAGAGGUGGUCGAACUUACUCGACUCGCCGCCAUAAAGGCUGAUGAGAGAGAACAAAAAGCCAGGGACUUUAUGAGGGCAGAAAUGAGAUUCCACAAAGCCAUUGAAGACCUGAAAACCAAGGAGCUUCAAAUACAGGACCAUCACAAAAAACACCAGGAGAUGCAAAUAAAGUUGAAAGAGUUUGCAAAGUUGUAUGAGUUGAUUAAGAACGAGAGGAAUAAGUGUGUGAAUCUGAUACAGACGAGUACACAGAAGGCGGCGGAGAUGAAGGAGAAGAUCAAAAUCCUACAGAAUGAGAUGGAAAUUCUACGCACUGCCGUCAUGCAAAAAGACAGAGAGUUACAGAAACACAGAUUAAAACACAUGAACAGUAUUGUGAUGAGAGACAGCUUGAGAAACGAAGUGGCUAAACAAUCUAACAUUUACAACGACAUGAAAGCUACAGUGGAACAGCAGAAAAUGGACUUAAAUAAACUGAACAAUAUGAUGAACGCGGGCGAGGAGGAGAGCACGCGACUGAGAAACAGAUACUCCAAGGAGGAACAGAAACGAAACGACAGAGGUUUGAAGCUGAUAGAAAGAGAAGAAGAAGUGUGCAUAUUCUACGAAAAAGUGAACAUUGAAGAACAAAUGAUAAGGAAUGGUAAUGUGGAGCUGCAGGCCAAGGAAGAGGAGAUCCGUUUCCUUAAGAUGCAGCUGAACGAGGAGAAACGCUCCAUAGAACUGUUGAGGAAAAACAUGCCACACAAACAUGCCCUGGAGCAAGAGCUUGUCACCCUGCAGAUACAGCUACAACAGUGCCAGGACCGCAUGCUGGACCUGGAGAAGGAGCUGGAGAACCCGUAUGAUGAGACACGUGUUCGUUCACUGGAAGGCAAGGACCUGCCACCAGCUGAGUUACAGGACAAGAUUGAAAACUUGGAAAUGAGACUUGCAGAGAAGGAGGAACUUUUGUUGGAGAAGGACCUGAUAUUUGAGCAGGUACAACGACUUGCAAGUCGAGUCAAGGUGAAGGCCGAGGACGGCAAAGAUGAUACACUUGGACUUGCCAAAAAUGUGAAUGCAUUACAAGCAAAAAUCAAGGAUGCAUACAGGAAGAUGAGAGGCCUGGUGGCAGAGCUCUCUAUGAACACAGCGACAGCACUUCAGCUGCAACAGGCUCUGAAGGAGAAGGAAGCAGACCUAGAACAGUGCUACAUCAGAAUGGAGAAGGGUGAGCCGCCAUGUGAUGAGUAUGAACAUGAUUGGCAGCGCCUCAUGUCAAUUGAAGACAGAAUCCUGAGAGACAGAGAGGAGAAUAGAUUGAUUCAGGAGGAGGAAGAGCAGUACAAGAUUGCAGGAGGGACAACCACCACGGCCGACCCCCGACCCAACGCCUACAUCCCUGAUGAUGACAGUGAACUUCCCAUUCCCAGGCCUUAUGGCAGACAUGCACCCUUCAAACCCACAGAGGCAGGAUCUACAAUGCGGCACAUUCGUAAACCUGUACCUAAACCUAUUGAAAUAUAGACCCUUCUCCAUAUGUUUAAGUUAUUUCACAGAGGUAGAUCACAUAUACCCCCCCUAAAACACCUGAAAGUAUGAAUAUCAGUAAAUUUGAAAGGCUACUGUCUGAUUUUUUUAUACUGAUGCCUUCAGCUUUCAACUCCCACAGAGAUUCUCAAUAAAGAAAACACAUCUAGACCGAAAACUGUAAAAGGUUUUAAUCUGAUGCUGGGAUAUAGACCGCUAGGAGGACUGUGUUGGCAACCAGAACUAUACUGUGAGGAGGAGAUAUCACAUCAAUAAAACGAUGGAUCUACCCACAGCAUUUCAUUUCAUAAGUGCAUUCUAGGACAGGAACUAUAUAAAAGGAGUGCUAUUCUUUGCCAGUGCCUUGAUCAUGUAUCAGCAUUGUUUGUGUGUGCCUUGAUGAUCGGCACAUAGAGUUAGCUCACUAUGAGGUAGUGCUCUGAGAACUAUCUUCACACAAUAUGUAUACCUAAUGAUUCUCCUUUAUUCUUGUUAUAUGUUGAUAAUCUAGCAUUUCAUUUUAAACUGAAAAACAAAUUAAAAAGGGUUGUUGACAAGCCUUUGAUACCAAUUCAUUUAAACUUGUUUAGUUUAUAAUGAAAUAAUGGUGAAAGCAUUGAUCUGUGAUAUAUUUAAUUAGGCAAGGUUUUUAAAAAGAUAUUUUAGGACCGUUUCUUCAUGUUGUUCAAGAAGAUGUUAUAACAAUUAUUUCAGCCUCAGCAUUUGUCUAAAAAUCAUGAAAAGAAGGCUUUUUUUACUAUUAUGUUUAUUUUUUGUUUUUGUUUUGUUUAGUGGUUAGAAAGAAAACCCAAUUAUAUAAUAAACCCAAGUAUAUUUCAAUCACAUGAACAAACGGUUCCUGUACAUUGUGUAAUAGGAGGUUACUGAUGGGUGAAGCAAUGCCGAGGUUUUCUCAUCUGUGAUGAAUAUUUGUGAUACGUGUGAGAGUAAAAGAGGAUGUUUAGCCCUUCACGGACAGACAGUUUAUCACACCAAUGACUGUUAGAGCAGGCAGGUGUUGCUAUAUUUUCUGAUGUUUACUCUGUAAUAAAAACAAUGUAUACAAGUAUUUAUGAUGUAUAAGCUUUAAGGUGUAAUUUGUCCUCUUGUUGUGAAGGGCCUUACGAGUGUGGAUGUAAAUAUGUAAAUAGUCACAUGUAUAUAUGUAUAGUAUCGGAGGACAUACCAGUGUACUACUGUGCAUGUCUUUUCAAAUGAAAUAAAGAAAUAAAAUUAU